CAAGAGAGCGAGAGAGCUCGGGAGCGUCUGAGGUUGCUAAAACUUGAGGCUCUAUUUAUCAUCUAGAUUCCAUCUACUUUUAUUUACAAUGUCUACAUCUGGGUCUUUGGAUCGAUUGGAACUAUGUGAAAGCCUUCUGACAUGGGUUCAAACAUUCGGUGUUGAGGCUCAAUGCAAGACUGGAGAGGACAUGACGAGUGGUGUCGUCAUGGCUCAGGUGCUACAGAAAAUAGACGAAGUGUAUUUCAAUGAUUCAUGGAUUAGUCGAAUCAAGCCAGAUGUGGGGGACAACUGGAGGUUAAAGGUCAGCAAUCUAAAGAAAAUUCUCAAAGGUGUCCUAGAUUAUAACCAGGAGAUUCUCGGCCAACAUAUAAACGACUUUACGCUACCUGACAUCAGUCUCAUCGGAGAACACUCUGACCCUGCAGAACUUGGGAGGAUGCUUCAACUCAUUUUAGGCUGCGCUGUCAACUGUGAACAGAAGCAAGAAUAUAUCCAAACCAUUAUGAUGAUGGAGGAAUCAGUCCAGCAUGUCGUCAUGACAGCCAUCCAAGAGCUGAUGAGUAAAGAGACUCCAGUGACAGGAGGGAACGACUCCUAUGUGGAUCUAGACAGACAGUUGAAAAAGUCUGUUGAGGAGCUGAAUGAGGCUUUGGCUACAAAGGAGGAGAUCUCCCAGAGGUGUCGUGAGCUUGAUAUGCAGGUCGCAGCCUUGCAGGAGGAAAAGAGCAGUUUGCUAGCAGAAAACCAGGUUUUAAUGGAGAGACUCAACCAGUCGGACUCCAUUGAGGAUAUGAACAGCCCGGCUGGCCGCAGACACCUCCAGCUACAGACACAACUGGAGCAGCUCCAGGAAGAAACAUUCAGGUUGGAAGCAUCAAAAGACGACUACCGGAUCCGUUGUGAGGAGCUUGAAAAAGAACUCUUGGAUGUAAGGUCACAGAAUGAAGAGCUCACAUCUCUGGCUGAUGAAGCCCAGUCGCUCAAGGAUGAGAUGGAUGUGCUUAGGCAUUCAUCAGACAAGGUGUCAAAGCUAGAGGGCACAGUAGAACACUACAAGAAGAAACUUGAGGACAUGGGACUUCUCAGGAGACAGAGUAAACUUUUGGAAGAAAAGAACACAGUUUUAAUGGAGACCAACAUCAGUUUAGAAGAAGAGCUUCGAAAGGCUAAUGCUACCAAGGGCCAGCUAGAGACAUACAAGAGACAGGUGGUCGAGCUUCAGAACAGAUUGUCGGAAGAAUCAAAAAAGGCAGACAAGAUGGAGUUUGAGUACAAACGCGUCAAAGAGAAAGUAGACUCUCUCCAGAAAGAAAAAGAUCGUAUGCGAACGGAGAGAGACUCUUUGAAGGAGACCAUUGAGGAGCUGCAUUGUGUCCAAGCUCAAGAGGGACAGCUUACAUCAGGUCUUCUCCCACUAACAAGCGCUGAUGGCUCUGAUUCGUUGGCGGCUGAGAUCACGACGCCAGAGAUUCGGGAGCAUUUAAUUCGCCUUCAGCAUGAGAACAAAAUGCUGAAGCUGGCUCAAGAGGGUUCGGAUAACGAGAAAAUUGCACUGCUACAGAGUCUGCUGGAAGACUCCAAUAGAAGGAAAAGUGAACUGGAGACGGAAAACAGGUUAACCAACCAGCGCUUGAUGGAGGAACAGAGUCAGAUAGAAGAGCUACAGAAAAAUCUGCAAGAACAAGGCUCUAAAGCAGAUGAUUCCUCCAUUAUGAAGAAGAAAUACGCGGAGCACAUGGAUAAAUUACAAAAGGUGAACAAUGAGUUACUCAAGAAAAAUGCCUUCAUUGAUGAGAUGGAGCCCAAAUAUGCUGCCAGCUCUCAACGAGUGGAUGAACUGGAGGAGGCUUUGAAAAAGAAGGAUGACGAGAUGAAACAGAUGGAGGAGCGAUAUAAGAAAUACCUCGAGAAAGCCAAGAGCGUGAUUCGUACCCUGGAUCCUAAGCAGAACCAAGGCUCGGGUCCGGAAGUUCAGGCGUUGAAGAACCAGCUGCAGGAGAAAGAACGGAUGUUGCACUCGUUGGAGAAAGAGAUGGAUAAGACAAAGAGCCAGCGGGACUACGAGGAGAAACUGAUUGUCUCGGCCUGGUACAAUAUGGGAAUGACUUUCCAGAAGAAAGCGGCUGAAGACAGAUUGGCCAAUACUGGCUCCAGUCAGUCUUUCCUGGCCCGCCAGAGGCAAGCCACCAGUUCCCGCCGCUCCUACCCAGGCCACGUCCAGCCAGCUACCGCAAGGUAGAAAGGCAGAAAAACGCUACAGCAAAACUACCUUAAAAAGCCCUGAACCGUUGAUUUCACCUUCUGCCUAUUGAUUUUCUUUUUGUUUUUCCACCCUUCUUCCUGAUCAGAUCCUUGAGGUAGAGAUGCCAGGCAAGACUGCCACAAACUUUCACCACUUUUAUUCCCCGCUAAACUUAUUUUCCCCUGACUCAAGCGAUGGCAGACCACACACAGCCCAGCAUAAUUCUAUCAUCAGUCAUUAUUAAUCACCUCGAACACAUUGUUCACCACUUAACCUCAACUUCUACAUGCAGUACUCGUACACAAUUCUACCUACUGGAUAUUAAUCUUAAAGGUUCUUUCAUUUUCUGCUACCACCAACUGACAUUGUCUGAGCUUCUCAGUUGUAUUCAUAUAUUAGUUGAUAUGAUCAAUUUAUUAGUACAAUACCCAGAAGGGAACCACAUUAUCUCCUAUUUGGUCAACAAUGUAAUUCCACAAUGAGCUCAUUAGCAAAAUAUAUUGUCUCGAAGUGUUGGAAUAAUUCCAGAAGGUGGAACGGCUUCACCAGCGUAUAUUUGAUUCUCUCAUAAAACAUUUAGUGCCAAAAUGGAAAACUAUACAUGCUAUAAAGACAAAUGUUCUUGGACACCUGCAUCUUGUGGAACUGGAAAUUGAAGGAAAGAUGGAGUUGAGCACCCCCUUCAUUUUUCGUUUUUUGUCAAGACUUUCAUCCAGAAGAACAUUUGUGAAGUUCGUGGCUCACAAUCUUCAUUUUGAAGCAUUUUUUUUCUCAGACUUUUAAAAAAUAAUGCUGAUAAUUUGUCAUCUGUGGAACCCCAGAUGUGACAUGGGGGGGGGGGAUUUCUUUUUUUAUUGUGGCCACGACAGAGGUAUAAUUUAUGCACAAAAUAUAAGUUAAUAUUAAUAUCAUUCCUGGGCAAAUUGAUCGUACCUUCCCGAGAAACUUUAAGGUUAGACAGAGGACUACAUGUGUUGGUUUCUUGCUUAAAGGUGUGCUCCAUUUCCUUACCCUGACGUUCAAGUUAUUCUUGGAUGAUAUUAAACCCACAAAUGAGUUAAAAUCGACAGGUUCACGACCCUGGUCCUGCAUGCUUCUUCUCCUGUCCUUGUCCUAUUCUUGUCCUUUUUUUAAUGCACAUAUUAUAACUAUUUCUUGGCCACAAUUGAGUAUAUUGUGUCCACAAGUUAUCAUUUUAUGCGCAGCUUUAUGUCUAUACUUUCGUCACAAUUUAAAAUGUUUGUCCCACAUCACGUCUGGGGCUCCAUAGUCACCCGCUUAAAUCAGGGCCAGAAUUUGCUGCUAACAUUCCCUGCGAUCUGACCCUUAUCUCCUGUUCUCCUCCCCUUAACAGCAAUAUCCCAGCAUGAUCGGCACAACAGUGACCCGGCCUGAUACGGCUCGGCCCGUCUGUGCUGGCGAAACCCGAGGCGCACGAUGCAUGAAAUACCCGCCUGCUGAAUCUUUGCAUGACUUUGCAUUGACUGUGAGUUAACCCAGCAUACAGCAAAAGCAGCAUGAGCACUAACUGCCGUCUGCAGCAUUGCAAUCUUCAGACCCGUCGGUAGGGGGAGCCGUGGGGAAAGAAACCCAUUAAUUUCGUCCCUCUACACUACUAUAUUCAUUCAUCUCGUUUUCCUCUUCCCUAACUCCCAUCACUGUUCCUUCCUUGCUCCUCACGGACACACCUGCUCCUGUUUUCAACCUGCAUCAGGUCUGUUACAACUCCGCCUGUUACGAAGGCCUCGGCCAAUGCCAGUACAGCACAGUGACAUCUGUCCUGAAUACCUCAACAGCAUUUUCCCACAUGUUCAGUAGUGAAUUGAUAUCAAUAUUUAAUAGGAAAACAAUUAGUAGGAAAAAAAAGAGAGAAAAAUCACCCUUGAAAUUGAAAGUGACCCAAUCCCCUCUUGGACACUUUGUCAUUGUGUUUUAAAAAAAAAAAAAAAAAAAAAAACAUCCAUGCAAGCCGUAACCUCUCCUUAAUAUGUGGCUUGAGGGCGUGCUACCUGGGCUUUUACCUCAAGUUCUUUGAUAGGCAUAAGAUGGGAAGAUGUUUGUAUGCAACAUCAAAAUCACAAGUCAAUUCAAGUAUUUUUCUAAGCUACAUUAUGUCUGAUCAGUAUGUAUUUUGUGAUGUAAUUGUGUUUAUUUGAUGCAUAUGUAUUUAGUGUACUUGGACAUAAAGCAGGUUUCCCUUGCGUGUUUCAGUAUAAGUCCAAGGAAGUAAGAACCAGUAUUGAGCCAAACGUAAGUAUUCGCACAUGUGAAGCAUCUGUAAAAAAUGGAUAAAACUACAUUAAUUUAUGCAGGCUAAUGUAGUCCUUUUUUUUUUAAUUGCGAGAUUAAGCAGAUGAUAAUUCCAUCUCGAAAACCCUUUUUUCCCCCCCAUUUUAUUUUCUGCAACUUAUUACAAUUAUUUUGAAAGCUAUUAUCAUAGGUCAACUUUAUCAGACAGCAUCAUAUUGUAUAUUUUGUGUAGCUUUUUAAUGCAUAUUUAUAUUUUAUUUGCAGGGCUUUAUAUAUCAACACAUAAAAAUGGUGGUGACAUGCAUGCUACAGGCAUAAAUGCAUACUUUGAUUGACAUGCGAAAGAUGGUUAAAUCCUCCAGUUUAGUGCCUUUGUUACUGGUGCGAUGAUUUUUAAGGCAAGCUGAACUUAAACAUCAGUUUCAUUGUCAUUUUGAAAAGGAAAGUAAUAGGAAAAGAGCAUCAACCACCUCCACAUUCAUAGUUGAAAACUAAAAUUGAUGAGGGCUUGUCUUUUUUUUAUAUAUAUUUUACUCAAUAUGUAAUGGUUUAUCUUAUGCAGUCCCUUUUUUACUCUUACAAGGUUAUUUAUUUUGUGUCUUGAGCGCAAGUUUAAGUAUUGUUACCACAGUUCCAUAUGACAUUAAAAUAUGUUUUAAUAAUUGUCCGACACAAAAAGAGCUGGUGGUGUCCUGCAUUGCUUGUCUUCAAUCUAAUGAAAUGACACAAAGCUUAACAGUCUGAUAAGUCAACAGGUUGUUUGUUACUUUUAAUUUCUUUACAGGGAAAUGACAGUUUCUGGUCUUAAAAGGAUUGGUGAAUCUUGUAACAAGAAAAGGACAUUUUAAAACUGUAAUUACUUUGUAUUGGAUUUAUUCUGAUCCUUCAAAUGAAAAUAUUUUAUACUUGGGAAUUUAAUAAAAUUGCCUUUCAAGUCAUUUGCAGUCAAUAUUAAGUGGAUUUUAAAAAAAUAAAUUAAAAAAAAAAGCAGUGGAACCUCCAAACAGUCUCUUCCGUUAACUUCCAAGUUGUUCAAAUUUACCCCAAAUUAUCCAAUAUCAUGUUUUUUUAUUUUUUUAUUAUUAUUAACAUUCACAUUCUGAACCGCCAUAGAGGUAUAAAGAAAAUGUUACCCGUGUAAAAGUCAAACCACUUACCUUUUCACUGACAUAUAAUGAACGGUGACUUCCUGUUCAUUAUACUGCCUUGUGGUGUUUUAUAGGUAUUGCUGAAAUAAGUUUCUGUAUAAUUAAUUUUUGUGUUUGGGCAGCCAAACCAUUUUUAGGUCACUAUAAGGUCCAUGGCAAUCGCCACGCUUUUCUUUAGCCGUCACUGUUACACUUAUGUGGUUGGUAUAGCAUUUUUCCCAAAAAAGGUUGGUUGAACUAAGCACAUCAACGGAGAUGAGUGUUGAAUUAACAGAGCUAAAGAAAAAAAAAUCUGCUUGAUUGUUUUUACUCCAUCUGUUAAUUGUAUUCUUCUUUGUAAGCAACUUUUGUACUGAGGGAGGAAGUUAGUUGAUGCAACUUGAUUCGAUCAACUUAUUUGCAAACUAAGCUCUAGUUGCGGCAGUCUUUUGUGCGUCGUCAUUCAAAUUGUCUCAAUGGAGGAGUUGAGCUAAUGUAUUGGCGGAAAAAAACUAAUUGUGUGCAUUGGUGAGAUGUCAAGCUAAUUGAGCACCUGAUGUUCCUUUUCGUGUUUCAAAGAAACAUUGUUACACUGUGAGACUGUACAACACAUUGGAGUGUUUUUACUUAGUUUUUCGGGUAUUUUUUUAACUGAUUGGAACAAUGGAGUUGAAACUAACUUUCCAUAUGCCAAGUUUUCUAUUGCUUGUAUACAAACCCACUGUGUACAAAAUCAAGUCUUGCAACUGCAGUAAGCGGAGGCCUUGAACGCUUUGAGGGAGAGGGAAUAAAAGUAGUUAGAUGGAUAGCAUCUAUCUGAUAAUGUGCUUCCACUGUAUAAAUUGGAUAUGACAUUGUAAAUAAAGGCUUGUAUUAAAAUAUUA